AUGGAGGGUAAUAAUUUGUUGAGAGUGAGAAAAGGUACAUGGACUAGAGAGGAAGAUGAACUUCUCAGGCAAUACAUUCAACAGUACGGUGAAGGCAAAUGGCAUCAGGUUUCUCUCAAAGCAGGCUUGAAUAGGUGCAGGAAAAGCUGUAGACUGAGGUGGUUGAACUACUUGAGCCCAAAUAUCAAAAGAGGAGAUUUUACAGAAGAUGAAGUGGAUCUAAUGGUUAGGCUUCGAAAGCUUUUAGGGAACAGGUGGUCGUUGAUUGCCGGAAGACUUCCGGGAAGAACAUCAAACGAUGUGAAAAACUACUGGAGUACCCGACUAAGGAAAAAUAAGUCUUCUAGGGCCGAAAAUGAUAAAACCCUAGAAACAACAAAGACAGUAAUAUUAAGGCCUCAACCACGAACCUUCUCCAAAAAGUCAUAUCGUUUGAGCAGCCCAGCUCCAACUUUACAGUAUAUUCAAUUAAAAGAGAAUUUUAACUGGCCAUUGCCAUCAUCACCGCCUAUAGAAAAUGGAAUUGAUGAGUGGAAAAGCCAGUUAGCUGAUACGAACAGUGUUGAAAGAGCAAUGUGUUCUGGUUUUCAGUUGGAGGAAGAUUUCUUCGCAAACUUUUGGGUUGAAAAUAUAGCCCAAAACACAGGAACUGGUGUAAAUUCUGCAGACGAAGGCCUGCUGAGUAACAGUGACUUCUCUUCUCAUCUUUGGAAUUUUUCAAAAGAAAAAUAG